UAAUAGAAAUACUCAAAUCCAUUUGUGGGCAAAUCAUUUUAUCGGCACAUCGCGUUUAGCCAAUAGUGAAACAAGCGCUCAAACUUCGGUGUUACGCGGCUGUUGUUAUUUUUGGGUUUUGGUGGAAAUGAUCGAUUGAAGGCACUUUCGUGACCAGGUUUUCGAUGCCCGUAAAAGUAAACGUUCGCAAAGUGCAUCGUACUCACAAACGUGGUCAUAUCAACUAGCCACAUUCGGUAGAUCCGAGGAAGAACCAGUCUGGCGCAGUUUCAUCAACGGCGGAAAGCGUCCUUACCCGUAUAUUCUUCUCACACGCCGAGCCUCGGGCUUCCGUUGCUGAGAGCGCUAGGUAUGGAAUGAGGACGAAAGUCCAGGAGAAGAAGGAAAAAAUGUCAACCGAUGAGCAGCAGCAGGAGAACCAGAAUCAAAUUCCGAACAUUGCCGGCACGAUCGUGAUCGGCGGACUGGACGGCCCGGUAGACUUCGAUAUUGGCCAGCAGAAGCAGUCCCUAGCAGCCGCCGCCGCCGCAGCGAACCAUCCGCAGAACCACCAUCACCUCAACCGGCAGUACCCACCGCCCGGGUACAUACUACCUCACUUGCACCAGUUCUGCACCAUGCCCGGCUCGAAUCCGACCAGUCUGACCGGCGCCACCGGCGGUCAGAAGCACCCGUCGAAGGGCUCACCCGUCGGACCGUCCCCGUUGUGGCAGCUGCUUCCGGUGAUGCUGUGCGUCAUAUCGUUCGCGACCGUCCUGAGCAUACUGGUCAUCUACAUGGACACUACCGAAAUUCGUCACCAGCAGUUCCGGCUGAAUAUGUCGCGCGACUACAACUUGAUGGGCGUACCACAGGACAAUCCGGCCCUCAUCAAGUACGUGCGAGACAUUCACAUGAAAAAGUACCCGAUGACGUUCAUGCGCACCGCCAAUGCACCGACCGAGCAGCUGAACUUCAACAACCGACACGAACUGACACCAGAGAUGGCCCACGUGAUCUCCGAUUUGCUCGGUCGGAAGCGUUUUGGUACGUUCUUCCAGUCGCUGGCCGGCAACAGUGACUCAAUGAUGACGGCACCCUGGCUGGCGGAGACGAUGAACUGGGGUGGCUACCUGGUGGAACCGGAUCCACGUAAAUACUUUUCGCUCCGCAAACAGAACGCUUUCCGUCCGAACGUCCAGGUCAUCCAUGCGUGCCUUUCGCCAAACACCUACCCCAAGGAGGUAACUCUGCACCAUGAUGACGACAGCGAAGUGCAGAUCAAUAGCGUUUUGGACGAGGAAACCGAAUGGUUCCAUCCGCGCGUCAAGUGCUUCCCAGUGUACACGCUCAUGCUGGCCGUCAACCACACAUCGAUCGAUCUGCUCAGCCUUGGCUGCCAUGGACAGGAACUACAGAUCCUUCAAACGAUUCCGUUCGAUCGUGUACACAUCAAAAUCAUUUCCAUCCAUCUCGUGCACUACUACGAGGAGGACGAAAUGCUGAUCGAUGUCGACGAGUACGUGCAGAGCAUCGGACGGUUCCUGAUGAGCAAAUCCUACAAGCUGGUGCGCAGUUUCGACCGAAACUUUAUCUACCAACACAUUUCGGUCGCUUCGGCCGCGAAACAACGCCAACAACAACAACAGCAACUGCAACAGCUCCGCCAGCAACACACCGCACUGCCAGACGGUGCAUCAUCCGGCAACGGUGGAAUUGUAGCCCCGCCGCAACAGGCCAUUCAAGCGCCGCACGGUAACGCGAUCAGUUCCGGCGAAAAAGUUGAUCUUACGAUGGCCAUUCGCAAGGGACAGGAAGGGGCCGGAAUCGUUAAGGUGCCAAUUUCAUUAAGCCCGUCGAUGGUUAAAGCUUUGCCACUGGGCGUGAGUGCACCGACGGCUGCACCAACCACCACUGCAUCUUCAUCCACAUUCGCCGUCAACAGUCUACCGUCCACAACUGGCAGGAGCUUGAGCUCGAAAACGGGCGAAAAGCUGGUGCUGUUGCGCGGCUCCGAAACCGACGAUGCCAACGAUUCCGAGUUUUUCGAUGCCGAAUUCACUUCCGACAAUACGAACGAGAGCGAAGAGGAACUGAAGCAGCCACCGCAACAGAGACAAUCCUUCGAGGAUGAGACUCGCGAAGAGUUGGACGAAAGUUCCGUCCGUGCGGCUAACGUACUGCCACCGAUGGUGAGCACGCUGUAAACAGCGCCGUGUGUAACGUUAGAGGACAGGCGGCUGGGAUUAUUUUGCGAAUCACACUUUUUAUCAACAUAAAUCUACCAGUCUAUCAUUCCACAUUUUAUUGUUUACUUUACCUUAAUAGUGUAUGCAUAGUUCGUUCGAUUGGUAGAUAUCAAUAGAUGCCUAGUUUUUCAUCACAAGUGAAGUGGCGUCCCGAAGACCUGUGUAGGGAACGUAACAUUUCCUCUACAUUCAGCAUUUUCUUUGCGUAAUUAUCUUGCUAAAGAAAAAAAAAUUAGUAUUUUCUUGUUUCAUUUACGAAUCCUCGAUGAUCAUUUACUUGUUUAGCUUACAGAUUUAGAUAGGUAAUGUGAAACGCAUGAGGAGCGGUUGGAAGAUUUUGUAGAACUGAGGAAAACAUGUUAGGAGAAAAUGAUGUUUGAAUUGCAUUUAAUUUCCACACACUCCCAUGUCCCCGUCACUGGCGGAUUGGGUUACGGCAUCAUUUCCGUUUCAUUUUGGCAUGACGUUUAAUUUACAAACAGCUCAUGUUUCUCUUAACAUGAUUCUUUCAAGAAGAGUUGUAACCGACGAAAAGAUUUGUGUUUUGUGUGUGACCGGAGAGAUUAAAUUCCGACGAAAUGACUGGACUGUUGCGAAACGGAGAGAUGAUACUUAUGAGAAUCAUAACAAAGCAAUAGGUUAGCAGUUUUUUCUGUACCGUUGUUAGGCUAGGUGCCUUACCGUACGCGCUAGGUACGCUAUGGACGAAUCACUUCACAUCUACGAAGGAGUUCGGGACUUGCAGACGAGUGAAAACAACAGCAGUACGAGAACGAAAUCGAACCACGUAUGUCGCAGCGCCAAUCCUGUUUGGGCCUAACCCACUGAAGCGAAGUAAUCCGUUAACCGAUGCGAUUCGUAUUUAUUACAGUUUGCACUAGUUUGGAUCCUAUUUACAGAUAGCUAUAAUUAUAUUGGGCAAGCUCAGAUGAUUGAGGAAACUUUAGAAUGAAAUAUUUUGAUCCAUGGCGUGCGUAUAUUUAUAUAUCUCGUUGAUUGCUCUCUUACCGUGUUUGUCGCGUUUGACACUUUGUUCGAUGUUGGCGAUAAAAUUUCUUCACUUGUCUUACUUAUAUAAAAACGAUUCAGGAAAUCGACGUUUCCUUUCCUCAACCUAUAUUUGCCGGUAUUGACUAUGAAAAGUGGAGGUAAAAUUGAACGCUCAACUGUCUUGAAACUAGUGAUAUAGCAUAUCAGAACUAAGUGAUUCCUAUUUUUCUAGCGUAACGCGUAACGAACUCUCGAAUCGGUCCUCGAAUCAAAAGCAAAUCGAAUUCAUGAAUGAUGGACCAUGGAGUAACGUUAGACGAAAGAUUCAGAACUUCAUUUACGUUUGCGAACAAAGUGAAACAGUUUGAGUAGCGCGCGGUGCACACUCGAGUCUCCGUAAAGAAAAGACACACUCAAUGAUCAAAUAAGGACCGCUGAAAUUGGAAGGUAAUGUAGUUUUAUACAUUCACAUCACGUUCCGAAAUGCAUCCGAGAGAGCAGCAGCAUUAUCGAGAUUGGGGGGCGCGGAACAACCACAAACCGUUAUUGAAUAAGCUAUGAAGUAAGUGAGAAACAGAA